AUGGCUGAGUCUCAGCAGAGCCAGAAGUCCAGCAAAUGGAGCACUCAUUACCCCAAAGGCAGCACUGUUCGUUUUGAGAACAACCGUGUUCAGACUGCACAAGAGAUACCAGUGAAUGAAGUGCCAGAGAAGGAAGCUCUUUCCCCCAUGCGUGUCACAGACAGGAUAUUUUUUAUUGACUUAGCCAAUAAGCAACAGACAACCAUCCCUCCAGAGGUCUUGAGACUGGAAGAUCUAGAAGAGCUGCACAUGGAAAAGAACCUGAUUGAAAGCAUCCCGAGAGACAUCAAUCACCUGAGGAACAUGAGGGUUCUCUACCUGGACCAGAAUCACAUACAGGAUAUAUGUGAAGAACUGGGGGAGCUGAAAUGUCUUCGGAGCUUAGAUUUAAGUAACAAUCCACUGUCUUACAGUUCGCUGCCUGUUAUCAGCAAGUUGCAGGCCCUUCGUCAGCUCAGGCUCUAUAAAGUAAAUUUGCAUGAAAUCCCGGUACAGAUCUGCAAAUACCUUCAUCAUGUUGAACUGCUUGGACUCUCUGACAAUAAUCUAAAGUGUCUGCCCAAAGAACUAGUGAACCUGACACAACUCAGAGAGAUUUACCUCCAAAAAAACAGAUUUGAAAGUUUUCCCAUGGAGCUUUGUCAUAUGGUUAAUUUAGAAAUAAUAGAUCUGGAACAAAAUCUAGUCAGUCUCAUCCCAGAAGAGGUUGGAUCUUUGACAAACUUAGUUAAGCUAUUUUUAGCUUUUAAUAAUCUAUUCUCCAUUCCUGAUACACUGCAACACUGCCAGAAACUGGCUGUGCUGGAUCUGUCUCACAAUCUCCUGCACAAGCUUCCCCAAGGUUUGAAGAAUCUCACUGAAAUGGAAGAACUUGGACUAUCUGGAAACAAUCUGGAGAAGCUCCCACAUGAGAUUUGCAGCUGGAUGUCCCUUUCCCUUGUUUAUUUGAGGAACACUGGACUGCACACAGUACCAAAGUCCUUCACCAGAUUAACCAGUGUCAGGAUACUAGAUCUGAGUGAAAAUUGCUUCAGUGAGAUUCCUAAAAGCAUGUGUGCUAUGAAAAAUCUGGAAAUUUUGGCCCUGGAUGACAAUCAGAUACAUAAGAUACCCGUGGAGGUGAAAGAAUUGGCAAAUUUAAAGUGCCUUGGCCUUUCUGGAAACCAAUUCAGCAUCUUUCCAAAGGAAAUCUUUCUCCUGGAGUCAUUAGAGAGAUUAUACCUGGGACAAGAUAAAGGAAUUAAAUUCAUAAGCCUACCAGGAGACAUCAGGAAAUUGCAGAAUCUGAAAGAACUGCAUAUAGAGAAUAAUCAUCUGGAGUGCCUGCCUCUAGCCAUCGGCUUCUUGACCCACCUGGAAAUACUUGACUGUCGCAACAAUUGCCUUAAACGGGUCCCAGACUCUAUAUGCCAAAUACAAGGUGAAAUACAGGAAUGUUCCACAUCAGUCCUGGUCUUUGCACUGCAGCCGUCUGCUUUUCUGUGCUCAGCUCUGCAAAAGCUGCUCCUUCAGAACAACCAGCUGCACCAGCUGCCCGAGGAUCUGGACACUCUGCAGCAGCUGGAGCUGGUGCUUGUGGAUGGGAAUCCUAUGACAGACCCUCCAAUGGAAGUGUGCUGCCAGGGGACAUUUGCCAUCUUGGAAUACUUACAGGAAAAAAGGCGUAAAAAGGCCAUGAUCUUAAAGGUCCAGAAUCUGUGGCAUGGGUUGAUGAACCGGAAAGGGAUUGGAUCUUUCCUGAUACUUAAGAAACUAAUAAAACCAGUAAAGAAGGGGAAAAAAGGAAAAGAAAAGGGAAAAGAAAACGGAAAGGAAAAAGGAGGAGAAAAGCCUGCAAAGGGAGCAAAAGCCAAAAAGUGA